GGGACUGUGAGUGACAUUAUAGUGAAAGUGGCAGCAAUUUACGCGAAUCAAAAGAAAGAGAGCAACGAGUGGGCGGGACUUGUAGUGGGCGUGGCUAAGCCCCCUAGUGCGGUUGCAUCGCAGCGCAUACACACAAUGGCUGCUCGAAAGAGAGGAAAGCAAACAAUUUUCAGGCCCGUCGCGUCUCGCGAAAAAUAUGAGAAAAAAAUUAUUAAAAAUUCGGAAAAUAGUUGAAAGUGGAGAAAAACCCGACAGGAAGGAUGUUAAAGCGACUGGGGCCCCUGCGUCCGGGCGGUGUUGAGCACAUAGAACUGGAUAGAAUAAUUGCAUCAGUACUAGUCGGGCUCUGUGCCCCUGUCCAUGUAGCCGGUCAGCCUUAGAGUGCCAUGGCCACGGGAACCCAGGGCCACCGUGACCACGUCCUGGAGAGAACCAAGCUCGCGCCGCCGCCCACGGGGAGGCGCAGGAGAGCAGACGGGAAACCAAAAAAGAACUUCCCUUGCCAGGAGUGUCAGAAAGCUUUCAACAGUCUGGAGAAGUUGAAGGUGCACUCGUACUCUCACACAGGAGAAAGACCCUACCGCUGCUCCCACCCCGACUGCACCAAGGCUUUCGUCUCCAAAUACAAGCUGCUACGGCAUAUGGCAACUCACUCGCCAGAAAAAAACCACAAGUGUUCAUACUGUGAGAAAAUGUUCCACCGCAAGGAUCACUUAAAGAAUCACCUACACACUCACGACCCCUACAAGGAGGCGUUCGCCUGUCAGGAGUGUGGCAAGAGCUACAACACCAAGCUGGGCUUCAAACGCCACCUCGCCCUCCACGCCGCCAACAGCGGAGACCUCACCUGCCAAGUGUGCCUGCAGCCAUUCCCCAGCACCGGAGUCCUCCUGGAACACCUCAAAACGCACGCCGGCAAGUCCUCUGGUGGGACCAAAGAGAAAAAGCAUCGCUGCGAGGACUGCGAGCGGCGGUUUUACACCCGCAAAGAUGUGCGACGCCACAUGGUGGUGCACACCGGAUGCAAAGACUUCCUCUGUCAGUACUGUGCCCAGCGCUUCGGGAGGAAGGACCACCUGACGCGUCACGUGAAGAAGAGCCACGCCCGGGAGCUGCUGAGGGUCAAAACGGAGCCGGCCGAUUCGCUGGAGCCCGUCGUCUACGACUUGGCGUCCGGGGGCAUCAAGGGCGAGCUCCCGGGAAUGCUGACGCCGAGGCCGCCGCACCAGUUCAACAUGUACGCGGGCUCCGUCCUGGACACAGAGCCCUUCCCCACCGCCACACACCCGUUUUCUUUUAAGUACCCACUGGGCUCCAACUUUACCUCAUACGCCGUCUCCUCUCAGGAGCGGGAGCAGAAUCUAAAGGGAGAACUGGAGACCUACCUGAUGGAGCUGCAGAACAGCAUGCCCUCCUCAUCCUCCGCAGCCCAGGAAGCCCAACUCUCCUCCUCCAAGCUCCAGUUGGAGCCUCAAGUGGGCGUGCUGGAGGCGGCGGGCGGGGGGGCGUCCAUGUCUAAAAUAUCCACGCCGAUGGCCGCGGGCGCCGCGGGCGACUCUCUGGCCUCAUCCUCUUCUCUCAUGGACUUCUCACAGCUUUUCAACUUCCUGCCACUCAACGGGCCCCCGUACAACCAGGCGGGGGGCAGCGGCGGGGGGGGGCAAGGCGUGGCCUAUCCGCCCAACGAAGAGCCCACGCCUCUCGUCCAGCUGCCCCCCCAGCCUCCCGAAGGCCCAGAGGCUGCUGAGAGUCCUCUUCAGAGGCUCUCCUCGUCCUUCAUAUCCAACCUGAGCUCACCCACCACACUGCCCCGCUUCCACCAAGCCUUUCAGUGAUCCAGUAUGUAACUGCACCCGGCACACACAUACUGACACACACACAUACUGACACACACACACACACACACACACACACACACACACACACACACACACACACACACCCGGAGAAACCCAAACAACACACUAGUAAUACAAGAUAUCAGCACUUCUGUCCAUUUAAUAUGACAACAUGAGCAGACACAUGGUAAUCAGCACUGAGAGCAGCACACACACACACACACACACACACACACACACACACACACGGUUUGGCUUAAUCAGCAUUCUAAUGGCUACUGUUGGGUUGAAUUAUUUUCACCUUAAGCUUUUUAUUGACGAGUCGGCAGAUCUUCCCCACCACUGUUCUCUAAUGAUGUGUUCACAUGAUCGCAGAAAAACGAUCCUCUUGUGCUGCGUGGAUAUGCAAAUACAAUAUCCAUAAUUCUUCUGUUUUGAUUACCAAGAAAAACGACUUUUCCUGCAGGCUACAACAUACUUAAACAUCUUUAACGGUACCCCCCGGCAGUAGAAAACGUGCCACCUGCACGUUAAUAGAGCAAAAUCUGUUUUUCUGCAAUAAUGUGAACGUGUCUGACCUGUGACUGUGAGAGCUGGGUCAGGUUAAACAUGAGUUAGUCUUUUGGGAGUUGGAGAAUAUCACAUAGAUGAAUGCUAAUAGCAAUAGCAUCCCCGAUGCUUUAGGAUAGAUUGACCUCAGUAAGCAGAUUGUUGUUCAUACAGCACUUUGAACUUUAUGAUGUCAUCAGAGUCGACCUUUGUUUUUUGUCUUUCUUAUUUGUGGUAGGGACCAAGUUUAGCUUUAGUUUUGGAUUGUUUUUGCCCGUUUACGUAACUGAUAAUGUACAGCGAGCGAGCCGUUCAUUGUUGUGAAAGAAUUCCCGACAGCGUGAUGCUGCACCCCGACGCGAAGUAAGGGGAUUCUUUCACAGCAAUGACCCGCUAGCUGUAC